UCGUGCUCACGAAAUUCUGCAUAAUAUAUCAUUAUUGCAGUGACAGUGAUUAGGUAUUUGUUCAUUGUUGUUCAUAACUCAUAAGUCAUAAGUGAAGCUCAAAGUUGUGAAAUUUAAGUUUAGUAAAUUGUAUUUCAACAAGAACUAUAAAAUGAUGGGUGGUUACGGAUGGGUUCCGUUAGAUCAACCACACACACUGUUGUGGGUGCCGUGCAAUUCUGGCGAUCCGUUGCCCAGGGGAGCAGUGCACGCAGGCACUGACAAGGGCGGCGACCCGUUGUACGCGGGUCGGGCUUUUUACGAAGGUGACUUACUGCCAGCGAAAAUAAACCCGAGUCAUUCGUCGGCAUACGUGUGCUGGGGAGGCAUGGAGCACGCAUUGAGUCACUUCGAGGUUUUAUGUCAUGCAAACGUGGCGUGGCAAACAGCUCAAGGAAACCAUAUUCCGCCAAACGCUAUUGUUAUAGGUUCUACCGUUGACGGGGAAAAACUUUACAUGGGUCGUACGCUUCAUGACGGAACAUUAACUCCUGGAAAAAUUCAUCCCAGUCAUGGAACACUUUAUAUUCCAUAUAACGGGGAAGAAGUAUCCGUCAAUGAGUAUGAAAUCAUGAUAUACCGACCACCUAUUACCUUCAAUUAAAAGCCAUAAUUACAGGAAUAUAAUAUUAUGUAAUAUUAUAAUAUAAAAUAUAUUAUUCAGUGUUUAAAAAAAUUUAUUUUCAUGCAUUAUUAAAUUGUUAGCUCAAUAAAUUAUUUACCUAUAAGAAAAUGUUAUAAAUGUCAUAUUAUGUGUAUAUAAUUUAAAAUAGUUUUAUUGUAUUAAAUACACUACUACAUUCUUAUUUCUAACUAAUUUUAUAUUAUAAUGGCAUUUAUGUAAUUAUGUACUUACUUUAAUAACUACGACUAUGAAAUCGAAUAUGUACCUAAGUAAUACGCCUA